AUGGAUUCUUUCACACCACAAUUUCCUUUCUCCUUUACCCCCGCUGGCUCGGCUUCUACGAACCUGACAGCCGCAUGUCUCUUUUCGACCCUUCCCAGUCCAUCUCUAUUUGGUGGGGAGAUUCUCAACGUCACUUCGUCCCUGGUAAGCAACUAUACCGCGCAGUAUUGGCAGCCGCCAUUCUUCUUUAACUCGGACCCGCCGCUCUACGGCGAAGACAGCGACCUCUCCUUCUGCAAUGUUACUGUUACCUAUACGCACCCGGGCCAAAACGACGUGAUCAAUGUGUUUCUGUGGCUGCCCCUUUCCAUGUCGGACGGAGUCCUCGAGGGCCCAGGUGACACCGGACCAGAUCCCGCCCGCCACAGCAACGGCGGGACCACAUCACCGUCUUGGAACGGCCUUCUGCUCUCCCAAGGCGGCGGUGGCUUCUCCAUGUGCCUCCCCGACAUCAUUUCCCAUUCCUACCUUUCGCAGGGCUACGCCAUAUCGCGCACCGACGGUGGUCAUCCGCCCCAAACCAUGAGCCCUGAGCAGCCCGACACUGAGACCUGGGCCAUGCUCUCCCCGGGCAACGUCAACCUGUACCUCCUGCAGGACUUUGCAUCUGUAUGCUUGCACGACAUGGCCGUCAUCUCCAAAUCCAUCGUCACCUCAUUCUACGGCGUAAGCCCAAAAUACAGCUACUUUCAGGGCUGUUCCACAGGUGGGAGACAAGGCCUGAUGCUUGCUCAACGCUACCCCCGGGAUUACGACGGCAUAUUGGCGGGCGCACCGGGAAUAUACUGGCCCAAGCUGGUCGUCAUGCACUAUUUCCCGUACAUGAUGAUGCAUUCGCUCAAGGCGUAUCCCCCGGCGUGUGAACUGGACGCGAUCACGAGAGCCGCGAUCGAGGGGUGCGACGAGUUGGAUGGUGUCAAGGACGGGAUUAUCGCCAAUGAAGAAGAAUGUGAGUUUGACCCGUUCAAGCUUGUCGGGAAGGAAAUCCCCUGUGAGAUAGAGUACGCAGACGACGACAACGACGAAAACGAAGACGAAGGCGACGAACGACGCCAACAGCGAGGAAACCACGCGAUCAAAAUCGGCUACGCUGCCGCGCAUAUUGCGUGGCAUCUCUGGGGCGCUGCACGAGGCUCCAUCAGACAGCCCGACUGGCACCGUCUGACGCACUCGACGCCUUUAUCAUCCUUUGCAUCUACCAUAUGUUUCCGUCAGAAUCACAGCUGCGUAGCCGACCCAACUCCCCUACUGAUGGACUGGAUCCGGCUAUUUCUCUACAAAGACCCGAGCCUGACGAGCCAGGACCUCGCCGAGCGAAUCACGCUCCCCGAACUCGUCCGCCUCUUUGACCAGUCCGAAGAGGAGUACCACUCGGUCAUCUCGACGAGCAACCCGGACCUGAGCGCCUUCCACCGCCGCGGCGGCAAGAUCAUCACCUGGCACGGCACGGCCGACCAGGCCAUCCCGCCGGGCCAGACGCAGGAGUACUACGAAGCCGUGCUACGGCACUUUUCGGAGACUCCACCGACGAGCUCAGGUGCCGACGACCGCGACCGCCGCGCGGGCCACGUGCGAGACUUUUUCCGCCUCUUCCUCGUCCCGGGCGUCCAGCACUGCGGAUACGGCGAGGGCGCCCUGCCCGUCAACGUCCUGACCAAGUUGCGCGACUGGGUCGAACGGGGCAUCGCGCCCGACGUGCUCCACGGCGAGAGCUUCACCAGGGCAAAUCGCGGCGACGGCGACGGCGACGGCAGCGGCGACAAGAUCACCAGGCCGCUGUGCCCGUAUCCGCUCGUCGCUAGGUACAAGGGACACGGGGACGUGCGUAAGGCCGAGAGCUUUGAGUGUGCGACUUCUUUCUGA